UUGCUCUCCAAUUGCCGGCCCGUGUGCGACCUUAUGGCGUUACUGUCGUCUGGGUACCUGGCAGCCGGCCCGCCAUAAUCAUAUAUAACGCCGCCCCUCCAUCCGAUCCGCUUCCCUCGAUACCCUUCUCUGCCUACAUCUCGAAUAUAUACACACAUAUAUAUCCAGUUAUCACAAUUCCCAUCCCAGCGAUUCACCAUGUCUGCCCUCAAGCCCGGUGACCAGUUCCCCAGCGACGUCGUCUUCUCCUACAUCCCAUGGUCUGAGGAGCAGGAGGACAUCAAGGCCUGCGGUAUCCCCAUCAACUACAAUGCCUCUAAGGAAUGGGCCGACAAGAAGGUCGUCGUCUUUGCGCUUCCUGGCGCCUUCACCCCCGUCUGCUCUGCCGCCCACGUUCCCGGCUACAUUGAGAACCUACCCAAGCUCAGGGCAAAGGGUGUUGAUGUGGUUGCUGUCCUAGCCUACAACGAUGCCUACGUCAUGAGCGCUUGGGGCAAGGCCAACAACGUCCAGGGCGAUGAUAUUCUGUUCUUGUCCGACCCCGAGGCCAAGUUCUCCAAGAGCAUUGGCUGGGCUGAUGAAGAGGGCCGCACUGGUCGCUAUGCCAUUGUUAUUGACCACGGAAAGGUCAUCUACUCCCAGCGUGAGCGUGGCAAGAACAUCCUCGAGGUUUCCAAGGCCGAGGCUAUCCUCGAGGCCAUCUAAGUCGUUCCAUUAAUUUUGACCCAACUGUCAUGGGACGACAGACAGAUGCUCGUGAUCGCUUUAUUAUGACUUUCUCAAUGACCAGA